UUUUUUUUUUCUUUUUUACUUUCAUUGACCGAUAGGCCCAUAUUAUUGAAAUAAUGGCCGUAAUUAUUAGUGUAAACCUACUUAAAUUGACUAAAAUAACGUUAUAGUCUGUCUGACAUCCAAAAGUGGAGAUGAAGCCUAGCCUCGUUAGACCCAAACUGAUAUCACUGCCAACUGAAUCUCGUCUGAUAAUAAAGGACAUUACAGACGCGCGACCCAGGUGUUCUUCCAACUACAUCUCCAGUCCUCCAGUUUCUGGAUGCUACACGUCUGCGGAAUCCAGGAUGAAUGUUUUCUCGGCGAGGGAGAAAUAUCCAUGCAGUCCGAGCUAUUCCAGGGAUCUUGAGCCUCACAGCUCUAUUACUGAUGGGUCUCUUCUUCCAUUGUUAGCCAAAGACCGUGAAAGUAAUAUUUCUGGACGUCAUUUAUUAUUUGAUAAACGAUGGAGAAAUGGAACGUGCGUCACUAAUGAUAUAAGAGCAGACAGAGUUCUGAUUAACCACAACCCCACAAGUCCACUUUCUCAGGAGUUCCAUGUUUAUCAUUCUCACAAUUUAACCAAAUUUGCCCACCGCAAAGAACUUUCCCCGCGCGACCCAAGACCACAUAUUUGCGGGUCUGAUUAUCUGACCUCAUUUCCAUCUGUUCUGUUACCAGCCACCACUCCAUCUGUCAGUGGAAGACUCUGUUUAUCUCAAAACUAUAAAAACAGGCCAAGGGUAACAAACAGAGUCCGCAGUCUCUUCCCUGUUGGUGCUAACAACAAAAGCCAGUCGUACCCUGAUCCACACUUGGGUGCCUCAGCGUCUUUUGUUCAGAGGCUCACUGAGAUUUCCUGUCUGGAAGCAGAAACAGUCCGGCAGGAGAAAAUGAAGAGACUCAGAAAGAUCAAUAGGCAGGACUCUUAAUAGGAGUUCAUUAGCCAAAGAGGAAACACAUGACGCCUGAAAUCACAACUGUGCCAAAGACUGAGCAAAUAAAGUCAUGGGGAAAAAAACUGAGAGGUACCGAGUGCAGACACUUUAUUAUAACUGAUCACAAUACUUUAUUAUAGCUAUGAAUGUAAAAAGUCUACACACCCCUGUUAAAACAGCUGGUUUUUGUGAUGUACAAAUUGAAACAAAGAUAAAUCAUUCCAGAACUUUUGCACCUUGCAUGUAAAAACGACAACCUAUGCAAUACCACUGAAAACCAAAGUGACAUAUUUCAGAGAAAAAUUACUAAUCUAAAAACUUAAAAGAACCUACAGUAACUGCAUAAGUGUGCACACCCUUUUAAAACUGGGUAUGUGGCUGUGUUCAAAAUGGACAAAUCCUCUCCCGUGACCUCAUGGGAUAGUAAAGUGUCCAUCGAAUGUGCAGUUCGGAAGUAGUAUGUCACCCAAAGACUUUUCUCCUACUGUUUUUUCGGACAUACUACUCGGCUAACAU